AUGUUUUUCUCAAAGGAUCUUCCUUCACCUACAUCGAUUUUCACAGCUUACGCAUCAAUGGCGGGUUACAUGAUGAUGAUUCGAUCAAUGGCUCACGAGCUGAUCCCAGCUCCAAUCCAAGAUUUCAUCUACUCUUCUCUCCGGUCUCUGUUCUACCGUUCUUCUUCCUCAACUCUGACUCUAACCAUCGACGACGACAACAUGGGCAUGAACAACGAGAUCUACCGAGCCGCUCAGACUUAUCUCUCCACCAAGAUCAGUCCCGACGCGGUCAGGCUCAGGAUCAGCAAAGGCCACAAGGACAAACACGUCAAUUUGUAUCUCAGCGACGGAGAAAUCGUCAACGAUGUGUUCCAAGACGUCGAGCUCAAAUGGAGGUUUAUUACAGACGGCGGCGACAAGAAAAGCGGCGGAGGAGGAGGAGGAGGAGGAAGAGGAGGCGGCGGAGGAAGAAGAGGAGGUAUGGAUGACGACGGCAAAAGCGAGUACUUUGAGCUGAGUUUCGACAAGAAGCAUAAAGAUCUGAUCUUAAACUCUUACGUUCCUCACAUCGAGGCUAAAGCUAAAGAGAUCAGAGACGAGAGGAGAAUCUUGAUGCUGCAUUCUCUCAACAGUCUCCGAUGGGAAUCAGUUAUCCUCGAACAUCCUUCCACCUUUGAGACAAUGGCUAUGGAAGAUGAGCUCAAGCGUGACGUCAUCGCCGAUCUCGACCGGUUCAUAAGGAGGAAAGAUUUUUACAAGAGAGUAGGGAAAGCUUGGAAAAGGGGUUACUUGCUGUACGGACCACCGGGAACCGGAAAGUCUAGUCUGGUUGCAGCAAUGGCGAAUUACCUCAAGUUUGAUGUCUAUGAUCUUCAGCUUGCGAGUGUGAUGCGUGACUCUGAUCUAAGGAGGCUCUUACUCGCAACACGUAACCGCUCGAUUCUUGUCAUAGAAGAUAUCGAUUGCGCAGUGGAUUUGCCCAACCGACUGGAACAGCCUGUUGAAGGCAAGAACCGUGGAGAUUCUCAGGGACCUUUGACCUUAUCAGGGCUGCUGAACUUCAUAGACGGGUUAUGGUCAAGUUGUGGGGACGAGCGGAUUAUAAUAUUCACGACGAACCAUAAAGAUAGGCUUGACCCGGCAUUGCUCCGUCCGGGUCGUAUGGAUAUGCACAUUUACAUGGGACAUUGCUCUUUCCAAGGGUUCAAGACCUUAGCUUCUAACUAUUUGGGCUUGAACGACACCACAAUGCCACACCGUCUUUUUCCGGAGAUCGAGCGGUUGAUGGACGGGGAAGUAAUUACGCCGGCACAAGUCGCAGAGGAGCUGAUGAAGAGCGAGGAUGCUGAUAUGGCGCUUGAGGGUUUGGUAAAUGUUUUGGAGAAGAUGAGGCUUAAAUCUGAGGAACCGAAUCCGGCGAUGAAGAAGAAGGAGAGUAGAUUGGAGAUGGAGGAGAUGAAAUUAAGGCGUGAUACAGAGGGUUCUCCGAGGAAGCAUAGCAGAAAAAUUAAGAAACUUGUUCUGUUUUGGACCUAA